UUUAUGUCCAUAAAUCACUAUGUGGGUUGUCAGCUCGUUUACCUCCGCUGUCGUUCCCUUAAAGUUAGACUCCACCUAUAACAUUUGAUCACGUGACUCUGUAUCACGCUUCAACAUAUCUAAUGAGAUCCAUCCCAAACAUAACCAACUAUUCGGAAUGGCGGACAGCGAAGACGUGAAGAAGAAAUACGCAGAGAUCGCGGCUCUUAAGAAGGCCAUUGAAGAGCAGAAAAGAGGUGCUUCCGUUCUGCCGUACCCUUCGGGUCAACUAUUUGGAGGAAGAGGUCGAGGCAGAGGAGGUUACCGUGGCGGCUAUAGAGCUGCAAGACCAACCACUUAUAGAAACAUGACAUAUGUGCUCAACGGUGAUGGAAAUGGGGAUGGGCGUGCUGAGUCUUCUUCAUACGUCUCUCGUGUGUCCAAAGGAGGAAUGUCCCUUGUCAACUCCACGAUAUAUCACCAGGAUCAACAGAAGUAUCAAGCAUUACAGCAGGCGCAACUUGCUGUUCAGAAUACCUUAAAGGAGCAGCGUCGUCUUGUGAAUUUGCGAAGUCGGGUGGCUAAGUAUAGAAGCAAGACAGAUGGUUGUGAUAGGGUGGAGGUCGAUGGAGAUAAAUUUGCGGUCACUCGUUUGGGCAACAGACUCGUCCCUAUCACAGUUCCUGAAGGUGAUAAAUCGCGGAGUGCCACGUGGGACGGCAGGACGUAUACAAGGAAGCAUAAUGGAGUGUUGAAAUGCUUUGGUGGACGCAAGAAGAGGUAUGUACCCUGUGGACGAUUGCAAGAAGACCAGCAUCAUACUAACAUUAGAAUACCCGUGGACCAGUGUCGAUACUUUACAAGAACAGGUGAGUAGAUUCUUGGAUUUUUGGAAACCGCUACUAACUGAGAUUUCUUUCGGAUCUUUCAAAUACAGGCAUAU